UAACUGGAGAUUGUCAUGAAUAGGCUAACACCAAGAUAAAAAAAAAAAAAAACAAUGUAGCGACGCCUAGUGGUGAACUAAGGAUCACUUAAACUGUGUUUCCGAUGGACUCAGGCAAUCAGUUCGGUCGUAGUGUUUUGUUAUCUCUAUGUAAUAGUUCGUAGAGGCCCUGCUUGCAAUCAUCGUUAGUUACUAAAGCACAGAAUAAUUUAUUUUGUGCUGGAUUUGUUACUGACGAAAAGGAUUUAUGCCAAGUUCAAAACAAAUACAAAGUUCAAAUUAGCUGAGGGAGCUUUUUAUGUCUCGACUUAGAGACCUGUUUUACUUCAUCAUUAUUAGAACAUAAGAUUAAACACUUCUAAUGACUUUUAACGGACACCACAUAUUCAAAAUGGAGCAACUUUCAGAAGGGCUUAGGAGAAGAGAAUAUAAUGUUGCCCCAUUUGAAACACCUGUCCAGGCUUCUGUUGCCUAGAAACGAAAACUAAUUCAGUUUUUGUGUUUGGUGUAACAUUGUCGACCAUACGAAAAAGAAACGAGAACAUUCCAUCAUGAGUUACAGACCGAAUUUUAGGAAUUUCGAGACGAUUGACGAGGGGAACGAAGAAUGCGAGACUGCGACUCGGCGAGGAUCUACAACACCUUUAGUGAAAGACGAUAUGGCGCUGGAGGAGAUUUCCUUAGAACAAAUCGAACAGGCCGAACUACUGGAGCUCAUCGAAUUGGUUUCCCGUGCUGGGAUAACUACGGAUGACAGACUCCAGAAUCUUGACGACAUAAGGGACAGGCUUAUUUGCAUCAAGAGAAAACAGAUGGGCGAAAAUCGUGGAGCUGAAAUCAAUAAUGCAUUUGCAUCGAUGCACUCUGACAACAGAACCAAAGAAGAUGCUCUUCUGCAUCUUUAUGCCUCAGUAGAAGAAAUUUUCCAGAGAAUUAAUACAGACUCUUUAUCAGCUGUUUUGAAAGAAGAAGGCCAUCUUACCCAAUUACUUCCACAUGAAUUGGCUGCCAGAAUGCAAAUACUUACAAAGCGAAAGAGUACAGUUAUCAUUGCAGGAGAAACAAAUGGUGGCAAAAGCAGUUUUCUUAAUCUUUUGCUGGGUGAAAACAUAUUGCCUACUGAUGUGUUACACUGUACCUAUUCAGUAUGCAGGAUUAUGUAUUCUGAGAAAUAUAGUGUUCAUCUGUUGGACUACAAAGGUGACACACAAGUCUAUGAGUGUCGGACUAGUGAGGAAGCCAGAGAAUUGCUCAAAGAUACAGUGGCCAGAGAAGGAGUUUUUGAGCGUCAACAAGGCUCACUACUGAAAGAAGUUGUUCUCAUGAUGCCAUCACCAAUUCUAAAGAGUGGUGUCACCUUAGUCGACACACCGGGUAUUGGAGAAGAUGAUAAUAUGGAUAAUGUGACAAUGUCAUUUGUUAAAUCCACCCAGGCCUCUGCCUUUAUCUAUGUUAUCAAAUCAGAUACAGCUGGAGGUGUUCAGGAGGACAGGCUCAUAGGUUUUCUUCGAGCUAUAAAGCAGAGAUACGAAGCAGAAACUAUGAGGGAAUACUUUGACCCCUUAGCUGCCAUGUUUGUUUGUCACCGAUGGGAUAAUAUUGAGGAAUCGGAACGGGAAAAAGUGAAACAAAAUGCCCUCAGGAAGCUGGAAGAUGUCUGGCCAGGUUUUAGUCCUGUUCAGACAUUUUUUUUCUCAACCAAAAAUGCAAACAAGCAUUUGCCACUUGAUCCUGAUUUUAUAAUAGAUUCUCACUAUGCCUUACUGAAAGGAUUGAAAGCUUUGUUUGAUAGAGCAAGCUACAAUGCCAUUAAACAUCAAUACAUAUGGCUAAAACAUAUACUUCAACCAGCUUCUAGACAUUUGAAGGCCAUGAUUACUCACUGCAUACGUGGCAAUGAAGAGCUAGAGAUAUUUUUUCAUAGCCUUACACAGAAACAAGAGAUACUUAAGCUUAGUUCUGCAGAAAAUUCUAGGAAACUUCAGAAAGAACUACAAUAUGCGAUUGCAGACCUUGUAGAGCUUGUAAGAGAUAUUCUAGAUAUUGAGGACCACGCUGUCUCAAAGGUGGAUGAUUUUAAUGAUCUUCUAGCAGAGUGCACAAAGGAUAACUUUUUGACUAAACAGGCAAACAGGCACGAACUGGAUGUCAUGAUCUUGAGAAGUCUUUUGAAAUAUGUAAACAGACUUGUCAAUGAAAGUGGAGCAAUGCAGAGAAUAGAACAAAGUAUUGUUCAAUCUAUUGAAAAUCAUCUUGGGCUCUUCAGAUGCCAAAUCCGCGAGAUCAAGAACGAGAUUCUACAUGGCGAAUCAAGAAGGGAAACAGAACAUUUGGAUAACCCAGACUCCCUGAAUCAGUCCUAUUCUUCAACGAUCUCAAUGUCUUCUGAUGGCUCAGCUUUCGAGGACUUACACAAGGAAAUUACACUGGAUCCAACAGAAUUUGCUCAAACGAUAAGCAGUCUGAUGAACAAGAGGAAGGAGAAGAAGAUGAAAUAUAAGCAUCACUUCAAUAAAAUGCAUGAAGCUAGUCAGUCAUUAUUGGGCAGAUUCAAAGAUUUAGUUCGUUUCCAUGAUAGAUCAGAUCAUAAAGCUUAUCUGGAAAAGAGGGUGAAAAAAAUGAGUGAAAAAAUGAGAGAAGAUGAUGAUAUCUUGUCCAACAUUGUUUUAGGUUUUGUGGAGUGGAUCAAAAUCUGUGUGGACCAUGCCACGGAGAGUAUCCCCAAGUUUAUAAAUGUGAACACAACGCUGAUGGAGAACAUAAGAGAACACAGGGAGGCUCUUCAAGAGGACAAAGAACAGCUGAAAAUGGUGAUGGAAGAGCUGGAGCCCAGCAGAGAUCAUUUGAAAGGUUUUGGUUCGUUAUACAUGGAGGAUAUCAAUGCUGAUACAGUGGACUUUGCACUUCCGGAUCGUCAAGUGAGCUCUGUGGUGAUUCCAAAAGAACUCUCUGUGUCCACCAGACCGUUGGAUGACUCUGGAUUCCAGGGUAGUGGCAGCAAACAUCGUAAAGUUAAAAGAAUCGCAAGAUGUUUAUGGGGUAGACUUCAACUAGCUAAUAUAACAAUCGAUGGCGUUAAGGAAAAAGUGAUCUUGAAGACAUACACCUACGAUCUGGAUGAGAAGCAUUUUUUUUCUGAGAUUGCUUGCCUCAGGUGCUUGGAGGAUGACAAUAUUGGGCAGUUUUUUGGCAUGACGCGCAUCAAGACUGCUCAGAGUGGCGGGGCCACUUUUGGGAAAGCUGUGCCAGAAAUGCCUAUAGACGUGUAUGCGCAGAAAGUGUCAGCCUUUAUUUUCAAAGGAGACCUGAUCUCUGCAAGGAUCUACUCGGCCAAUAAGAUGAUCAACAAGCAAGAGUUCAUUCCUACUUUCGUACACUCUUUGUUAAGUGGCUUGAAGUACAUCCACAGAGAGAAACUUGUUCAUAUGGAGCUCAAUCUGGACACUGUCAUGGUGGACAAAGAAACUGGCAAUGUCAAGCUAUGCCAGAUGUGCAAGCCUCGUGAGGCUAAAUUUCCGCAGGAUCUGACCUUGGUGAAAACACUGUCGUGUGUUUGCCUGUCUCCCAGUGUUCUUCAAGGAGACGAGUACACGCCCACUGAUGACAUCUACGCUUUCGGCCUGCUUCUGUGGGAGCUUCUAUUUCCCAGCAAGCCACCCUACAAGGAGCAGAGGGACAUGCUUCUCAAAGAUUUUAUAGAAAAGUGCCACCCGGAGAGUAUGAUAGGUGCAACUCUGGCUGAGGUGAAGCCCUCUCCAGAUGUUGAAAGUGUCAUUAGAGGCACAGUCUUCACCAAACGAGGAACUGUUUGCAUGUCAAUAGACAUUAUUGCUGGUUAUUUAAAAGACUUGAGAACUGAUCCUGCUGUGAAGGAGUACAAGCCCAAUACAAAUAUAUAUAGGCCCAGGAGAAAAUCAUCAGAAACUACAUUAACAGGGAGAGAAAAUCAAUUGGAAGAAAAACCUGGCAACAAUAACCAAUUUAUUAAAAAUCCUCCUCCAGUGAGACCUCCCAGGCAAAAGGAUGCUUACAGAAAAGAAAAGGCAACUGGCCAGUCUUUGAGCCAAGAUGAUGAUUCUAGGAGACUGUCAAAUAACAAUAGCAGUCAUGGGCGCAGAAUGAGUGAGCCUGCUGUGAUGGCGGCUAACAUAAUGAAACUGUCUGAGCUGAAAGGGAUUAAGCCUCAGAAGUACUCGAAGGUUUUAGAGAAACUGGUUAAAAAUGUGUCUCCCAACGCAAGGAGAUAUUCCAUGUUUACAACUUCAGAAGACGAAGUCUUUCAUAUGCCUGAGGUCAGUUCUAUACUAUCAGAUAAACAAGAAAAACCAUCAAUGACUGUUAGAGGCAUGGUAAACUCCAGACGCUUUAGCCUACAAGAUGCUUCAUUGACAGUCCCAAAGCCAAGGCAUAAUCACAAAUUCAGCACUAUCCCAGAUGUCCCAGAACUCAUGGCAGCUAACAAACUACGCUUUGGAACUCCAUUUUCAUUCACCCUACCUCAUAAUACCAUUAGUAACAAUUCUUUCACAAACUUGAGUUUUCCAGGGCGAUUGGUACCCAGUGAUAGUCUCCCCUGCCUGGUGCCAUCAAUUGAAGAGCAGAAGAACAACUUUUUUUCCAAAGAUGAAAAAUUAGCAGAUUCCUGGCAAAGUCCUGUAAUGAUUAGAAAAUCUUACGGUGGGGCUUCAAAUUCCUACUCAAGAAAAGAAGAGCCCUAUUCCAAACUAAAGUCGUAUCUAGGAAAAGAAGAAUCCAGCUCUCAAUCUAGUUUGUAUAAUGGGAAGGAAGAGAGAGAUUCUCAAUUUAAGGCUGAAAAUGAUGAACCCUACUCUCCAGUCUUGCAAACAUCUGUUCAUAAUAUUAUUCACGGACAUAAUCACCAAAAUAAAGUAAAAUCCCAAUUCAGUUGUUCCCUUCCAGAUAAGUGUACUACACCUGAUAUCUCCGAAUUAGCAGAAGAAGAUGAUACAAGACCACUUGAGGAAGACUUCUCAGCAGUGAAGGAAACAGUUGUACUUAGAAGUUCUAGCAAGUCGCUAGCUUCGUCUGUGAGAUCAUUAUCUGCUAGCCUGGGUGAAGGCAGCACAAGUUCCCUGUGUGGCAAAAACAUGCUGAAUCCAAGAGCUUUGUCCUCUAGCAUUUUAAGCAAGUCAAACUCAAACAAGAUGAAACAUAAUGUGUCAUUCAAAGAAACACUGGAGACCAUGGAGCCUUGCCAUGUUGGGGCCAGCAACAGGGGCUCAUCCAGGAAUGAUUUAGUGGCCUACAGUCAGAGCUCUGAGGACGAUGAAUCCCUAGAUGAUUCUCAAACUGCUCUGACUCCAAACCGUGUGGCUAUAAACAAUGAUUCACAAUCACUUGAAAAUAAUGUGCAUGAUUUGGAUGAAACUGACAGCCUUUCUGAUAGUGGCAUCAAUAUUGGGAGUGGAAAUAACUAUUCAUCCAACUCAUGUGCCAGUUCUAAUGGUUUAUUUAGUACCAGCUCCAAAGCAGACACAUCUUCGCUCUUUAGUAAUAACAACAUUGAGACAACCCAGUCCUAUCAUUCAAGCGCUUACUCUCAAGGUUCAAUAGAAGAGGAUGAAAACGAAUAUCACCAUAAUUUAACAUUUCCCUCCCCUGUCACCCCUCCUGUGAAUGAUACUCCAAAGUCUACCCCUCGACCUCCUUCGUUUUCAAAACUGAAGUUCAAUUUUAAGUAAUUACUAAAAUAUAACGUCAACCUUUUUUAAAACAAAUAUUUCCUUUAACAUCAUAAAACUCCAUGUGAGGGAAUGCUUUAUAGGUCUGCGCAAUUAUUUUCUUGCAAAAGCCCUGGACAGAAACCCUGCUGUUGGAAGCCACCAUACAGGUCAAGAACUAGUGGCUUCCUAGAUCUGUUGAGAUGGAAUUUUAGUAAGUUGGGGCAUUCGAAAAGAAUGAGAUACUGUUUCCUCUUACUUCCCGCAAUGAGGGCACCAUGAGCCGUAGUUAAAUAUUUCCAUUAUCAGUCUUUCUCCGAGGUAUUCACAUUGAUGUUUUGCUUAGAUUAAUAUUUACUAUUGCUGUACAUGUUGUAAAAUGUAACAUUCACAGCACUGAUGGUCUGCAUACAUAUGAUUACAACUGCUGUGGAUAAUAUUUUAUUACAGUAAGAUGUUUGUUGAACAAAGGAAAUCCAUUUUUUUGUUGUUUCCAAUUUCCAACACAUUAUUCCCCCCAAAAAUAACAUGUACAUAGUAAAGUGAAGUAUCAUCUGAACCACACUUGUAUGUGGAACUAUACUUUAGGAGAUUUUAUCUGUAACAGUUCUCAGUCUAGCAGACCAUGAAUAUUUUGUUAAUAAUUGGGUUUGAGAAAUUAUUUUUAAAAUGUAGCAUGUGUUAUUAUUAUAUCAUAUCUGUUUUUUGAUAUCUCUUAUACAUCUAUACACAUCCUUCAUGACUGAUUUUUUUGUAUUUCUUCCACAAUUCCUUAUGCAUACUUAAAAUCACAAUGCUACGCAAAUAGGUAUACCGAUUGUAUUUUUAAACAACCCUCCAUGGAAAGACCUACUUUUUAUGUAUCUACACUCAGUCCUUGAUGGAAAGAUAAACUGUUAUACCAUCAAACCACAAUCCUUCAGAGAUUGGCCUAUUUGUUAUGUAACUAAUUACCCACAAUCCUUUAGUGAUGGGCUUUUUUGUUAUGUAACUAAUUACCCAGAAUCCUUCAUGGAAAGAUGUACAUGUUAUACAUCUAACAGAACCCACAAGCUUUCAUUAGCUGGAGACAUUCUUCUAAAGCUUUGCAAAUCUGUGAUUAUUUUUUUAACUACCUUCCAUUUUUACAUAUUUUUGAGAUUUUGUGAUUUCCAAUUUAUUGUGUUGUUUGUUUCAAAGGAGGAUUUUAAUUAUUUUUUUUGUAAAACAAAAACCCAAUAAGAUAAAUAAUGUGAUCAAAUUAUCCGGUGAAACAUACCUUUGUAGUUAUCAAGGUGAUAACUUGAAAUAUUUACACUGGUCAAGUGUGCUUGAGAUGAUUGAUAUGAAAAAGUAUUGAAAAUUUGAUCUCUUGAAUUUUUACUUUCCUUUUCUAAAACUCUUUCAUUUUAGUGACAUUAGGCUAUGAUAUACAAAUGCUUGCAUGUUGAAACUUUGUUUGUAAGAUCAAUGAUUAUUGUCUAUAAUUCAAAUAGUUGAGCUGAAUGUUGUUUCAUUAACAGAUGGUGUGAUCAUGGUGCCAUUCAAGAUACAAAUUAUAAUAUUGAAACAAAACUACAGUGUAUAUAGACAUACAAUUGUAUCUUUCCUUAAAUAUUUCUUGAUUGAAUUCACUGUAUUUUAAGUCACCUGCAUUUUAUCAUCCAAAGAAUAAUUUCACAAUACUGUUGAUAUAUUUCUUUAGUGAAAUAUAACAUAGGUAAUAUAUACAGGGCUGUCCUUAGAUAAUUGGAGGCCUUAGGCAAAGUGAAUUUGGUGGCCCCUGACUUAAUAGAAAAGUAAAAAAAUGUACUUCAAAGAAAUAAAAGUAUGCAAUUUAUUUAAAACCUAGUCAGGCUAGUGUAUUCUAACAAUAACAUUGAGCGCAUGUUUAGCUAUUUCCUUUCUUACACACAUUGUUAUGAGUCCUGUGCAAGGUCCCCGACAAUCAGAGACACUGCGUGGCUGUCUAGUUUGCAUAUGCCUUGGGCCAGCCCUGAUAUAAUGAGGUUUGCAAAUAUUAUUUGAUAGGUCUGUUUAUCCUUGUUCAUUGUUCUCUACUGUGUGCCUGUAUUUAAGAUGUCAUUCCAUGAGUUUUUUAUUGCUAUGUUAUUGUUAUGCUAUAUUAAUGUUUUUGAAAAUCUUGAUUGUUAUAAUGUUAAGUGUGUUCACAAUUUUUGUUGUUGACAUUUGAUACUGUUGCUAUUGACAAACCUGGCAUGUUUAUAUGAUCAUCAAACUGACUUGCUCAACUGGUUCAUGUUAGCUGUGAACUAGAUCAUGGCACGGUGUGAAUGAGAUAAAAGUAUUUAAUAUUGGGUUUAAAGAGUUGUGCUGAAUAGUUGCAAUAAAGAACUUUAGCUUGGGUCUCAACGCCCCCCAAACCUUUCACUUUGAAAUAGUGUACAGUAGAUUUUAUUAGAGCAUGAAAGAGUAUGGGUGGAUCUUUGAUUUGAUGUUGAUUAAUUUUAUGUGAUAAAAUGUUUGAUUUUAACUCUCUGGGACAAUCUACAGAUUAUCUUAUCUUAUAAUAUAGCCAUUACUUCAGAAAAGAUGAUUAUGUCGUAUGCAUGUUCCUAGGUCAAUCUAGUCAUGCAUGUUAAUCAAUGACUUAAAUUUUGCCAAGUCAUUGGUUUUCCUGGCUGACUCGGGAAACCAAUUCCAUGCUCUAAGAGCACUAGGAAAGAAGGAACAUUUGUAUGAAUUUGUCCUAGUAUAUGGCAGAUUGAAUUGGUUAUGUUCCAAAUACAUCAUAUUGUCUUGGUCAUGUGAUAGGAGCUCUAGAUGUUUCACAUAGUCCCAAAGGUGAUAGAUCAUUUACCAUGACGUGUGAAAUUUAGAGAACGUUAUUUAUUUCAUUAAGUAUGAUUAUGUUUUCAUCAUUUCAGAAUAUAAUUAUUUAUUGACAUUGUUAUUAAUUGGUGAGAUGUGCUGAAAGACUAUUGAAUGUUAACUUAAUGUUGUGAGCUAUCUAACCUUUGAUGCUGAGCAAAUAAAUACAAAAAUUUA